AUGGUGUCUGCCGCAACGGCAGCGGAACGGGAGCGCGAGGAGGAUGCGCGGCAAAAGCAGCUGGAGGUGGAGCGCCGGAAGCGCAAGAAAGAAGAGAACCGGAUCGAAACCAGGCUGCGAAGCGCAAAACAAAUGCGUACUUUGGAUUUUCUUCACUAUUGCUUAGUACGAUGCCUUAUAAUUCCACUUGAGGAUCAUUUCUUUGCGCUUUCCAGACGCAGACGGUGCGUGGGUGUGAUGAAGAAUGCAGGCUGCACACUCACUCUGCAUGGAAAAAUCGAAGUGACUUUCUCAUGGUCUCACCCCUUCACCGGCCGUCGCCGUUCGCGCAGCUAAAAAUGUUGCACGUGGUUGUCUACAACUGGUACAAGAGACCGCUUGAGGACACAGUAAAAAUAUGUGCCGCGGAUCCAUCUUCGUUAUCUGUAGCUAGCACUAUCUAUGCAACUGAAAUUUAGAUCGAAAGAAAAACCACUAUAACAGGAACUAUCUUCAAACACAAUCGUGCCAAGGCGGUGCAGGAAAAAGAUCCGGCCGCAAUGCCGCCGAUGUAUGAGGAGGAGAAGUCCGAAAAGACCGUGAAGCAGGAGGAAAGCACCGGGCAGCGCGUCCCACAGGCCAUCGAGUGCACCAUAUCAAAUGUAAAAAUGUCUGGGUCUGGAAGAGUGCGCGACUUGUCAUGCAGCUUUUCCAUGACCCGUGAGGUCUGGAAUGCAGGAUCUAGCAUGACAGAUUCUGUGCGAUCUUUCUCAUGCCCAGCCUGCAUGAGAAACCGCCUCCCGACUUGGUCAAAACUGGACGACUUUUGGUAAUCACGCAACACAGAUUUUUGCAUGCUUCAGAUUUAGCAUGACAAGUUGCAUUAUUCCAGACCCAGGCAUUUUUACAUUUGAUACACCAACGUGAAGUGCAAAAAGGCGAUCUACAGCUUCAAGGCAGUCGAGGUCAAACUCUCCUACAAACAGGUGCGCGCGGAAAUUCAGAAACAGGCGAAGAAGAUGAACGUGAGCAUAUUACAGUGAAAAAUGCCCCCAUAUUGCAGUGAAAAAAUGCAGAAGUUUGUCAUGCAAAGUUUCCAGAUGAAAGCUUUUUGUCUUGCAUAAAAGGAUUGCGAGCGUUUCUGAUGCAGAAUCAGGGUGCGCAAGGUGCCUUGUGCAUACCAGAUCAGGCUGCUGUUGGGCUACUUCGCAACACAAAUUUGACCUAUUCAGCAUGGAAAAUUUGUGAUGCUGAGAGUUGCAAGACGGGGAAUGUUUCUGUUGGAAAGGUUUGCAACACAAAUGCUGCCAAGCUGGGGGUGGGGGCAUUUUUCAUUUUGAUAGAGCAUCGCGGGUAGCGGUCGGCUGGGCGAUCACAUGCUGCCGCGUCCGAACUGGAUCUUUUGCUACCACUGUGGCCAUAUCAAAUGCAAAAAUGUCUGGGUCUGGAAAAUUGUAAUGCUGCGUCGGGAAUAGUGAAUGCUCUGUAAUGCACAGCCAAGCAUGAGAAAAGUCUGCGCUGCUUUGUGUUGCGUUUUUCGCAUGAAAAGCUGCGCUUUUGCAUGACAGGCAAAAGGGUCUCUUCUUGGACACGCAUCACAAACUUUUUGGUCAUGCCAGACAAGCAUGACAAGUCUCGCAAUCUUCCAGACCCAGACACUUUUGCAUUUGAUAGGCCAGACGGUCCGGGUCUUUGACGCGAAGGUCGCGACGGACAAAACCUUUGCCCGAACGGACCCGAAAAUGGCCAAGGGGCAAAUCGAGAUCGACGAGAUCCAGAAAAUCGCGGAGGCCGCCAUGGCGCAAGACUUCGGCGAGAAAAAGAAAGACGAAGAGAAAAAGCCCCGCCGCAGAUCCGUCUUGGAUCAGGAGGAAGAUGAGGAAGAGGGUAUUAGUACUUACUAUCUGUUGGAAAGUGCUGCUACAUUUCUUGGUUCCUCUGUAGGCAAAAAGAUGAAGUGCUGCUCUCGAAGGUCGAGCUCCUCGCUCAUGAAAGGAUGGUAAAGCAGGCUUGGGUUCGUGAAGAUUCGUUUCUUUGGAAUGCAAAGUGCUUACUUACAUAAUUACAACUGCAAGGCUUUUUUUUUGCGCCGAAGAAGGUCCCAAAAUGAUCAAUAUCACCCCUAAGCACUAUUCUUUUACUACAACAAUCAAACAGAGGGCAGCGAGGAGGACGAGGAAGACAGCGACUACUGGGGCGGGCUUGGCACACCCUCCGAUCUUUCUGAGGACGGGUUGGCGGAGUACGAGGCGUGGAAGGCGGAGAAGGCCGAAAAGGAGGCCAAAGCCGACUGGGACAAGGCCCAGUCCGAACUGGAAAAGGAGGAGAUUGCGCGCUUGGAGGAGGAGCUCGGGAAGUGGGACGAUAAGCUCGAGUAUGCCAUGACAUUCGUGCAGAGGUGGACCAUAUCCUGUGCAAAAGCAUCGUAGUCGUACCUACUGCUACUAAUCGCAGUCAUGGAAGACAAGUUUCUUCUUCAAGCUAAAUCAGCAUGACAAACUCCAUUUUUCAUGCUGACCCAAUUUGUAUUGCAAUACUACCAGUACGAUACUUUUGCAGUUCAUAGACCGAGAAGAUCGACAACAAGGUGGCCGAAAACACCCAGCUGGAGGCCGAGGGGCGGCGGCUGGACAAGCUCCUCCUAAAAACCCGGCACGAGCGCGCCUCGCUCCUGCACGCGCUGGCCCGGCGGAUCAACCUGAAACGCAAAAAGGCGGAGCGGUACCAACACGCGUGCGAGAUUUACGCCGAGAGUCUCUGGGAACAGGAGGCGCGCCACUGGAAGCGGCUGCUGUUCACGCGGUGGCAGUGGUACUGCCGGUACGAAAAGCGGUACAAGCGGCUGCGCAAAAAACUGGACUACACCUACUUCGACGACCUCUGCAAUCGCAUGGAGGAGCGCUACAUCGUUUACGACCGCAUACACAAGGAAAACACCAAAAUCACCAUCGGUCUGUCGGCCUUCAUCCAGUAUUAACAAUUUUCUAUUUGCUCUGCCUCGUACAGAAAAGCCGGUCCUUAUGUCGCAUGCAGUUGCAGAUGCAGCCUAAGCUUUUUACUUAUCUCCAGUAAACACACUACUCAGUUAGCUGAACAACAAGCCAAUUGCAAUCUCUUCACUUUCCUCAAUCAAAUUCCCGAGCAUACGCAAGCGCUGACACGCAAAAUUCCUAGGCGCCGGCUUGGUUUGCGCAACCGGUCGAAGGCAGCAGCGUUGAAGAACGGAUGGGAAGCGUGGCUCAUCGUUCAUCCGCUGCUCAAGGCGGAAAACUACCUAGUAAAGAUCAAGCGUCUCUACGAAGAGCUUCUGGAAGAGGUCGAAAGUAUCGGGGCCAAGGAGGCAGCUCUCUACGAAGCAAUGGACGAAUUAAAACUGGAGAUCGACGUCAUCUACGAAGUAAAAAUUCCGGAAAAAGACAAAGAAUGGAUCGAGCGGGAUAAGCAACUAAAAGAGGAGGUCCUUCUUGAUAACAAUCUGUUUGUUUCUGUGAAUUUAAACAAUUCUGCUGGUGCAGUGUUUAUCAUUGCGUUGGCACUUCCUUUCAUUUGGGGCAGUAGCAGUUCAGUUACACUUCACGCUUUUUCUUUUUCCCCAAGAACGUUGGUUAGGUUUCAUGAUAUUUAUAUUAUAUAUCCCCAGUUCUAAGAAAGUGCUCCUCCAAUUCCGAAAGCAAAAGUUCACGUCUAGACAAGCGAAGAUCAUGCCCAAAAAAAUCGCAGAUGAGUUGUGAUAGAUGAAAACCAAACUGCACAGUUUGCCGCACUUGCAAUCGACUUAGAGCAGCAGCGUAAGGACUACACCCAGGCAGCGGUCGACCGGUACGAAAACACGUACGAAACGUGGGAGAACGACAUCGAUACCAUGAUCGAGAUAUGCAUUGCAAAAGUAUCGUACUAGUAGAAAUAGCAUCACAAAUUUUUCCAGAAGGAGAAAAGGCAUUUGUAAUGCUGAAUUAGCUAAGAAGCCAGGACUGUCAUGCAUGACUGCAAUUACUACGAGCACGAUACUUUUGCAGUUCAUACGAGAACUUCGACCGAGUGGCCGAGGACCUGGAGAAGAUGAUCGAAGACAUUCGGGACAUGCACCGCAAACGAGACUUCCGGGUCGUCGAGCGCGGGAAGGGCGUCGCCUGCCAGGCCUGCUUUCGCCUCAUGAUGCAGGGCGAUAUGCACUUCCAGAAACUGGACACCACGGAGAAGGUAGUAGGCUACAGUGUCACCGAGAAAGACCUGAACGCCACGGAGAGCUACUUCUACAAACGAAACCUACGCGGAUCGCUGAACCCGAACGACAAGGUACUUACUCAACUAGUUGUACUCAGAAUAUUAAAACUAGACGCAAUAUUCUGCUUCCACCUGGAGCUGCCAGCAUUGAUUCAUAUUCCAGUUCGCAGUAGAGUGGUCAGUCACUAUGAUACAUUCCGAAAAUAAUAAUUUCCAAGUGCAUUCGAGUAUGUCGCUUGUUCUGCGAGAUCGUGGAUCUCUUUACCUGUCUUUGCGCGUCCCAGAAAUGUUGAGUCUAUGCCUAUCUUUCAAAAAGAUUCAUCGCGCGCUGAUAGACGUGGAGCGGGACCCCUUCCAGAUGCGGCCGCGCAACCAGGAGCACAAGAGCCGGCCGGCACCGCGCGACCUGUUUUCGAUACGGCCGGCGGUGCCGAAGAAGGCCUGGGAGUCGAUGAGCAUCGACGCGCGGAAGCAGCUCGCAUCCACCCUCGACAACGAGAAAGUAUGCGAGUGCACAAUUCCCCCUCGUCCCCAUCAUUUGCAUGGCCUCUACUACAGCAACAGCAACAGAAGCAACAGAGAAGCUUCCCCUUCCGCAUGACAACGAACUCUACACGACUACAUGGAGUGUAGUGCAUCACAAAUGACGGACCACGAGGGAAGAUUUGUGCACUUUCAUAGAAAGCCUUCCCAGUUCCGAAAGACCCGGAUGCGGCGGAGUACGGACUGAAUCCGAAUGGAUCACGGACCAUGAUGGACGUACGGCACGAUAUGCUGUCAGAGUUUUUCGGACCACAAAAGUAUGGGGUCGUCAACGUUGUAUUUGCCUCAAGCUGUAAAAAAUUUUCCGCGCGCCUUUUUUUGUAUUUGAUAUCCAUCAUGUUGCACGCAUAUAGCCUCUCGCUACAUUGCAUACCGAAUGAACUAGCUAGCUUCUUCGCAGCACUUCUCGGUGGCUAAAGUCGGAGCUAUCCGGCGCUGCUGCUCCACGGACUUGCCUCGGAGCGCCCCUGCAGCCUGGAGGUGCUGCAGCAGGUCCUCCUGCAGUCCAGCCGCUAGACAAUGGGCCUCAAUCUGUGCAGGUCGGUCGGGGCCAAGGGCGCAAACGCAACCGGCCGCGGCUGCGUUUCCGCUUGUUUCUAAUGUCGCGCAGCCGUGCGCGCUUUUUCCGGCAGGCGCGCGCGCCUUUUGCCUUUGCGGCUCGUUCUUGAAAAUGCGAAAAGCCCGAGAGCCUUUCGGAAAGGCUUCCCGGAGGGGUUCCGGGACCCCUUUUGGGGAGGGGUAGCACCAUCGUGAUUCGAAGAAAAAGCGAUAGCCUUUUUUUUAGGGUUCCGGGCACCCCUCCGGCCCUCCCUCUUUGGGGGGCCUCCGGAAAGGCCUUCGCGGCCAACAUAUGCGUGUGGUGCCCGCUAGAGACGACGACGCCAAGGCCUGUGUAGACAUCUCGUGGGGCGUCUGCAGCCUCACACCCUAACCCAGGCCAUAGCGGCAAAUGGCUGCACGGAGAAAGCAAUCCGGAAAAUGGAGCAAAAUAUUGCGCGCGCCCGGCGCUUUCUAAGUGAAAACGCCAGCCACAAAAGAACCCUCUGUGCCCCGCCCUCCUCCGCGUCAAUACUCACUUACCUACUAGAGCACUGCUGCUGACAAGCUAGCUAAAACAAACCGCGCUCGAGUCAGCCCCUCACUUGCGGGCACAGGUUUACUAGCUUCCCGCCGCGAAAAAAUGCGCGCAGAAAUUUUUUUACGGUCUGAGGCAAAUACAAGUUUGACGCCCCCAUAAAAAGCUCGCCGAGAAGGAGGCCGAGCGCGCUGGGUUCCGGGAACGGUCUAUGGAGGUGCAGCGAUCCCAAAGCCCGCCCCCGGUUUGGCGCGCAGGCAAGGCGUUCGCGGGCAAAGAAGUUUCGUCCCCCUACCGCGCGCCGUCGCGGUCCCCUGACCGUUCGCCAUCGCCCUACGCAAAACCCUGCCGCCCGGCGCCACGCUUCCGCAUUGCGGGAACUACCAGUGGUUCCACCUUUCAACAACUACAAUUUGGCGGCUCUAUCUCGUCUGGAGGUACCACGAGCAGUCCCAGCCGCGUCCCAGGAACAUUAAAUGCUACGAUAUCCUCCGGUGGUGGUGGAAAAAUAUCGACCUCGCGCACUGCAGGCGCCAUGGAUCAAACCCUCACCGCGUCCGCCUCCUCGCAAAGCCGCGCGGGGCACCAGCAGCUGCCUAUGCCUUUGCAAGCGACUACAACACUAUCGACUCUCGAGCAGUCCGGCGAGGCUCAGCGAAACGACCCGAUGAACUUAACAACCUCGCGGACGUUAUCCACGACGGUGGAAAAUAGAGUUGGAAUCACCAACCGGGAAGACGAGAGAUCGCCGCCAGGAGAGGAGAAGAUAAGAUCCCCGAGAACAAUACCCAGCGCCGGAUCAACAUCCCCGAAGAAAGUAAUGAACUACGUGAAGCAAAACCGCAGGGCAGUACGCCAGAUGGGCCGCACACCCUCGCCACCUGGCUAUGAGCGUGACAAGCAAAGCUUGUCUCCCGUCCCCGUUCCCAACUUUUUUCGGUUUGAGACGGAACCAAAAAAGCAUCAGACGCCCCGAGAAAACGAAGCAAAGCCUGAUGAUCUGGCCAUCGAGAUGAUCGUACGCAACUACCUGCGAAAAGCCGCCGUACCACCAUCGCAGACAGGUUAGUACUGAUUUGGACCGACUUCAAAAAUGUUAAGAAAAUCGGAAAAAAAUCCGCAAAAAAUCCAGGCACGCCGCAAAAAAUCGACUUUGUGCCGCGGCUGCUAACGUCCACAAGCGAAGCAAAGUAGCGCGAAACGAAGUCGGUUGCCCGCGUUCUCGAAGCUCGAGAAUGCGCCAACUCGGUCUCCCGGCAGUUUUUGCCGGUGUCCUGAGGCGUUAGGCCCCACCCUGGAGCGUCCGGGCUGCCAGAAAGAUUCCCGCAGCCGGGUUGGGGGCGCCGGGUUGUCAUGUUCCGCCCGGCGGGCGGUGCUCACAAAAUCGAUUUUGUGAGUACCCGCGGACAGAUUCGAUUUUGUGCGCACCCUUCGGGCACGCUUUUCGAAGAUGCCCUAUCCUCGGGCGGGGCCACACAAUCCGCGCGUGGUCGCAAAAUCGAUUUUACCAACACAAAAGCCGGAAAAUCCGGCAAAAGCUGCAAAAUUGAUUGCGUGGGGCGAAGUCGCAGAGGACGGGCCUCUGCCCGCCUUGGAUCGAUGUUUCGCUCGCACGCUACAGGCUUAGGGAUGAUCGCGAAUUCCAGAACUUGCGCCCCGAUGAAGUUCCGCACAUUCAUCGCGUUGGCCCAGCGUAGAAAGCAAUGAAAAACGCCCGAGCUUGUGACUUACAUCCGGGCCCAAGUUCUGAAAAGCCGCGGGAGCGGCAUGGGCCCCGUCUGCGUGUUCUGAGCUCCGUAGAGGCGCCAGGAACAGGCUCUCGGCUGGCGCGGGGGUCGCAAAAUCGAUUUUGUAAACAGACAGCCCUCGGUGGGUGCCGCGGCUCAGUCCUCGACAGCCGCUGGGCGCUUGAUGGGGCGCAGAGUCGGGGAUUUUAGUUAUUUCAGGCUCGCAGAAUCGUCUGCGGGUUCAAUCACCCGAGGCGUGCAAAAUCGAUUUUGUUGGACCGCUCCUUGUGCGAUGUCCGCGUCAGUGGUGGUGCGGGCAAAAGAGGUGGCGCGGGCCUGCUAUGUGGGUAAGGCAGGUGGCUGUCCGGCUGUUUGCCAAAAUCGAUUUUCCAACUUCCUGAAAAUCCAGAGGAGCAAGUUUUCCGGAAGUCCGCGCGUUGCUUGGACUUUCCGGGACUGCCGAAAAAUCGAUUUUCCGGGUUCCGGAAAUUCCGGAAAUUUCGAAAAGUCCGGAGUUUGCGAAAAAUCCGGAAUUUUCCGAAAUCGAAAAUCGAGAUCGGGACAUCAGCAAGUCCUCGAAAUCGAAAAUCGACUCGGAAAAUCGAUUUUCUGCUUCAUUGCUAAGGAGAACGGACCAAACCUGGUCCAUACCAUCGGCGGAGGCAGUUGCUUACUAUCCAGUUGGUAAUCUGCUGCCAAAAAUCCGAACGCUUGCACUUUCAAGAGAUUCGGAGGCGCUUCAAAGUCGAUUUUCUGUGUGCCAAAAGUGCGCCCGAGUGUGCGCCAAAAAUGCGCCAAAAGUGCGCGCGAGUUACUAUUCAAUAGUAACGGAGACGGACCAAACCUGGUCCAUACCAUCGGCGGAGGCAGUUGGUUACUAUUCAAUAGUAAUUAUUAUUUUGCUCGGGACGCAACACAAAACAACGCGGAUUUUUGCGCGCGACACCUCGAGCGCGACUGCCUUCGGAUUUUUUUUGGAUUUUUGGCAGCAGCUUACCAACUGGAUAGUAAGCAACUGCCUCCGCCGAUGGUAUGGACCAGGUUUAGUCCGAUCUCGCUACUAUUGAAUAGUAAUGGAGGCACAAAAUCGAUUUUCUGCUAUUUUCUCGGAAGCUCUAUUUUCCGGAAGUCGGAAAAUCCGGACCGCAGCGAUCUCCCGAGAUCUUUCCGGAAGUCCAGAUCUCUCCGGAAAAUCUAAUGUCCGGCAAGGUGCCGACGUUGUCCAUAGGGUUGAGGGGUUGCAGAAUCGACUUUGUGGCCGGUAGGGCCCGUUGCCCGUACCUCUGAGGGCGCGGGCUGGGACGGGGGUUGGUAAGGCAUUGGCGUGGGAGACUGCAUCCGCGAAGAAAGGGCGGACGCACAAAAUCGAUUUUGUGGGAGAUCCGCUAAAGCGCAUAGCUGGAAGCUCUCCCCCCUAGUCCGUCGGCCCGGCGGAUUGCGUGGCGCACCGCCUCGAUAUUGAGCCACGCGGCCGCUCGAUUCUGUCGGACCUGGGAAGCUGCGAAAUCGAUUUUGUGUGGUCGGGCGAUUGUGUGGCCUUCAACAGCCCUUGCGCGACCCACAACAUCGAACCACCUGUGGUCAGCUCAAAACCGGCCUUGUGGUCGGCGCUGCGUUCUGGGGGAAUGGAAAAUCGAUUUUGUGCAAUCUGCGGGAUUGCGCGUCUGGAGGAGGGGUUUUGUGCAAUCCGCGUCUGCGGCUUCGAUUUUGUGCAAUCUGCGUUGUGUGCCAUGCAAAAUCGAUUUUGUGCAAUGCAAAAUCGAUUUUGCGGGAUUCGGUUUUGUGCAAUGCAGAAUCGGGAUUCGGUUUUGUGCAGAGCAAAAUCGAUUUUGUGCAGUGCAAAAUCGAUUUUGUGCAAUGCAAGAUCGAUUUUGUGCAAUGCAAAAUCGAUUUUGCGGGAUUCGGUUUUGUGCAAUGCAAAAUCGAUUUUGUGCAAUCCGCGUCUGCGGGAAUGCAGAAUCCAUUUUGUGCAAUGCAAAAUCGGGAUUCGGUUUUGUGCAAUGCAAAAUCGUUUCUGUGCAAUGCAAGAUCGAUUUUGCUGCUUUCGGUUUUGUGCAAUGCAAAAUCGAUUUUGUGCACUGCAAAAUCGGGAUUCGGUUUUGUGCAACGCAAAAUCGAUGCUGUGCAAUACAAAAUCGAUUUUGUGCAAUGCAAAAUCGAUUUUGCGGGAUUCGGUUUCGUGCAAUGCAAAAUCGAUUUUGUGAAAUCCGCGUCUGCGGGAAUGCAAAAUCGAUUUUGAGCAAUGCAAAAUUCGGGAAUCGGGAAUCGCCCCCCUUACGUUGGUUGGCUCUGGCCUCUACAGUUUCGCCGCGCCACCGGAUUUUUUUUCGAUUUUCUUGGCCGAUAAAAAGUUGGUCCAAAUCACUACCAAGACAGGGGGCACUGCUUCUGGCAGAGGCAAAAAAUAGGAUGAAACUUUGUUAUUGCCUCCUGUGAGACAUCUUGCAGCGUCGGCAUCUUCUCGCUCCUCCUAUAGGCCGUAUAUUAAUCUUCUGUUUUUCGCUACACCAAAAUGUAUGACAUUUUAUUACUACCAAAAUCACGAAUAGAACGAACAAGCCUCCGCUUUCAGGAGCGCGGUCUGAUGCUGAAAUGAAACUUUGAUUUGACAAACUGAUAUUCGAACUUCGAAUUCAGAAACGAAACUUUGAUUUGACAAGCAACAUCUUUCCGAGGAGAGCUCUGAGCUUUUUUUUUGUACAAUGAACGAGAAAAAUCGUAAAUUGAAUUCUAUUCGACAAAGUGAUCUAGAUUCACAUUCAAUGAACGAGGGGUUUCCUAGCAACCACGCAUGUGGUGAUAGACGAGAAUUGUUUUACUUUGUUUUUGAAUGUUGUCGUUGCACACCGUGUUGUACAAAUACAAUAAAAAAACAAGAGAAAUAUAGAGACAAAAACAACCCAUGAUAGUUGAUAAUGUGCUUCGAAAGAAGAGCCUUUUCUUUUGUUGUUCUGCGAUAGUACUGGAUUUUCUUCCUUCUUCAUUCACUCGGUG